AUGUCGCCCGAAGUGCUUUCCCAUAUUCCCACUUUAGCACCCAUCCUUCUGGUCGCUUUGCCAGUUCUUUUCUUCUUUUUGACAUCAUCUCGGAAAUCGGAGCUUCCUUUCAUCAAUGCGAGGAGAACAUUUGAAUUCAGCAAAUCUCGCGCGCGGGCGCGAUACAUGAAAGAUGCUGCUACAUUGAUCAAACAAGGAUUGAACGAGGCUGGGGUUUUUCGUAUUAUCACUGACAAUGGCACACGAACAAUGCUGGCGCCUAAAUAUGCCAAUGAUGUGCGCAGCCUCCCUGAACUGAGCCUGACUGAUAAUUUGGCAACGGAGUUGCACGUCAAUCUUCCUGGAUUUGAGCCAUUCAGAGUGACGGCCAAUGACAACAUUAUUCAAGAUACCGUUCGCGUCAAAAUUACACAAAAUCUGGCGAAUGCUAUGACGCCACUUUCUACAGAAGCAACACACGUUUUGCAAACCCAGUGGACAGACGCAACAGAGUGGCAUGAUUUGCAGCUAAAGCCUGCCAUUCUGAAGAUGGUUGCCCAACUUUCGUCUAGAAUCUUCCUCGGGGACAAGAUCUGCCGCGAUCCUAACUGGCUGGAUAUUACGAUCAACUACACUAUCAAUGCAUUCACGGCCGCGCAGGAGCUCCGCCUCCUGCCAGAAUUUCUGCGCCCAUUUGCCGUUCGGUGGCUGCCAACAAGCCGAAAGGCUCAGGGACAGCUCAGACAGGCAAGGAAAAUCAUUAACCCGGUUUUGAAAGAGAGACGUGCUGCUGAGCGGGCAGGCAAGGGUGUUGAAUACCAUGAUGCCAUACAGUGGCUGGAGGAUACUUCCAAAGGACGUCACUACGACCCAGCAGCGGCACAGCUUGCCCUCUCGGCGGCUGCCAUUCACACUACUACUGAUCUGUUUACUCAAACUCUUCUGGACAUAUGUGGGCGAGAAGAGCUCAUUCGCGACUUGCGCGAGGAGAUUGUCACAGUUGUUCAGGCCGAAGGAUGGAAAAAGACGACCCUUUACAAGCUCAAAUUGAUGGAUAGUGUUAUCAAGGAAUGCCAGCGGCUGAAGCCUAUGGCUAUUGCUAUUAUGGCACGCGUCGCCCGCGAAGAUGUCAUCCUUCAUGACGGACAAAUCAUCCCCAAGGGCGAUAAGAUGUUGGUGUCCUGUGACAGAAUGUGGGAUGAAAAUGUCUAUCCGGACCCGCUGAAGUUCGAUCCCUAUCGCUUUGCGAACAUGCGCAAAACUGAUAAUCCCAAGAACGAAGCCGCUGCUCAACUCGUUUCGCCGUCCCCGGAGCAAAUGGGCUUUGGUUUCGGGCAACAUGCUUGCCCAGGGCGCUUUUUUGUGGCUAAUGAGAUCAAAAUAGCAUUGUGUCACAUUUUGUUAAAGUAUGACUUGCGAUUGGCAGACGGGUGUGAGCCCAAGGUCCAGAAGUUCGGCAUGAGAUUGGCGGCGGAUCCGAUGGCCAAGGUGUCUAUCAGACGCAGGAAGGAGGAGAUUCCUCUAUAA